AUGGCGACGUCCCUCGCGCGCGCGCGCGCGCGGGGGCGCUCGACGACGACGACGGGUGCGACGCGCGUCUCGAACGCUCGACGAUCGCGCGUGCGCGCUCGAGCGUCCGCGACGAAACCUCCGCCGCUGCCUUUUCGCGUGGGCCACGGAUUCGAUCUCCAUCGAUUGGAAUCCACGACGGAGUUCCCGGAUCUCAAGCUCAUCAUCGGUGGGAUCGAGAUCCCGCACGAUCGCGGGUGCGUGGCGCACUCGGAUGGGGACGUGCUGAUGCACUGCGUCGUGGACGCCAUCACGGGCGCGUUGGGACUGCCGGACAUUGGACAGCUGUUUCCGGACACAGAUCCGAAGUGGAAGGGACAGACGAGUGAUGUGUUCGUUCAGGAGGCGAUCAGGCUGAUGAAGAUCGAAGGAUACUCGCUCGGAAAUAUCGACUGCACGCUCAUCGCGCAGCGACCAAAAAUUUCUCCGCACAAGGACGCCAUUCGAAAGAACGUCGCCGACGUCCUGGGCGUGCACGAGAGCGUCGUGAACGUCAAGGCGAAGACGCACGAGAAGGUGGACUCGUUGGGGGAAAAUCGUAGCAUCGCGUGCCACACCGUCGUCAUGCUCAUCAAGGAUUAG